UCAUCCACUUCCUAAAUUCAAUACCCAACACGUACGUAUAUGUAAAUUUCCCUGCAGAAAGGAUCCACUCUUGCAUAUGUAAUGAGUUCGAUUAAACCCGGGACAAAAGUUUUUUUCCACUCCUCGACUCUCUGUAGACGGGUCAGUGGAUUCGUAACGCGGAAACCCUGUGCUGAUUUUUGUUUUGGCGAGGUAUCGAAAAGUAGUGUCGCUUGAAGAAGAAGGUAAUCAAGAUUGUACCGUUUCUCCUUGGUGGCGAUUUGUUUGCCCGCCUUUGGGACCAAAAUCUCUCUUCUUCUGAAGUUAAGGAGACAUCGAAACUCGAGACAGAGACCGGGUUUCGAAGGAAUCAGUGCUGGAAAGUGGAGGGAAGUCCAACAGAACUUUUUACUUUCCACAUUUGACUGAAACUCCAAUCUCGCAGCCAAGAUGGGGAUCCCGUACAGUGCUUUGCGAGUGAAGGGGACCCCGACCCAAUAUGCGUCCAACAAGACGGCGGUUACGGCGGAUGUGACGGAGAUGGGAUUCGUCUUCGCCUUCCUCAUUAUCGCCUUUUCCUUUCUCAUCAUUCUGCCGGGAAUUCGGGGUAAACAGAGAUGGUUCACCCUGAUACGAUUUGUGGUGGCAAUGUUCAUAGGAGCUGGAAUAUUGUUAUCGGCUUGGGGCCAAGAGUGGGAGAGAGCGGAGAUCCUUGACACAGAAACGGCGUACAAGGCUUUCUACAAGGGUGAAAUCCACGCAGACAUUGGCGUCAAAAUUGGCCUCAACAGUGUCAACAUCACUCUAAAAGCUAAGGAUGGAAGCAUUGAAGAACACCCAGAUGAGAAAAUCAAUUACAACGAGCGCUUUAACUUCUGGGGUGGUCAGGGUCGGAGAGGAUUUGGCCGUUUUUCUGGCCGAAUCAACCGUGAGUUCCGUGAGGCCCAGUGGUCUGGCAAGCCCUUGCCUGUCCUGUGGAUCGCUGAGUACUUUGCUCUGGACGGGGAAGACAUUCGCUGGGGUCGCACCUACCGAACCGCUGGCUUCUACACCUGGAUCAUGGUCUGGACGGCCUUCCCUCUCUGGAUCCUGUCGAUGGCCCUGAGCUUCAUGGUGCUGCGCUACUGCGGCUACUUCCUGAUGAUGACCGGCGGUUUCUUGUGGCUCGGCAACAUCAUGUGGGCAGCGGUCCGCUUCGGCAGCACCAAUCUCAUCAUACCGUUCAGUAAAGAGAAGGUGCUCACCUUCAGCUACGGUCCCACGUUCUACCUGUGCUUUGUUGCUGGUCUGGUUGCUGUAGUCAGCGGUUUCAUUGUCUUCAUCAUGGACAUUCGUUUCCCCAAUGUGUUAACCACUUUCUUCAAUAUUGACCCUCUGGCCGAUUACGAGGAAACUUUUGUCUAUGACAAGAGCGCCGCCGCCGGCACCAGCAACGGUGCCUCCAAUGGCGGACCCGCCGACUCCGAAACGGUGGUGGCCAGCAAACCAAUGUAUCGCCAGCGGGCGCAGUCCCGCUUUGCCGUGUCCCGGCGUCGGCCACGCUCGUCGCUCGCGGAGGUGGCGGAGGAAGCUAAUGACACUCAUGACAAUGCUCCACCUGGCGAAAAGUCUCAGCCCUCCGAAAAGCCAGCGUCCGGCCCCGGCGAAAAUAUACUCCUCACGGAAAUCAAGGCGGAAGUCAGCACCUAACCACCAGCGGCAUUGAGAUGAAGGGCUUCGAUUCCAGCUUGACCGGCGUGGAGAACCCGACCCUUAAAGUUGAGGAUGCGUAGUGAGAAAACAAGUUUACAUGUAUCUCUCCCAUAGUUUUUAUAUUCCAACUUGGAAACCAUUUUUUGUCUGUUUUUUUUUUUGGUGUGACGUAUAAUUUCUACACAGAAUGUCACUUUGCUCUGCAAAUGUAGGUUCUUGACAUUUCUUGGACCCCUAGCUUUCUUUAAUGUUCAUGAGUUCACAUUAAUUUUGGUUUACGAAAUGGGCACUGUUGCAUUUCCUUUGAAGUAUGAGUAUCAAUUUUUUUUUAUAAAUGUAUAUUUUGUAUAAUGGGAGGAAAACUUCACGUUUGCAAUAUUGGUUUCUUUGAAAGAUGCUUUUAAGAGUGCUGAUACUUUUCAACUGUAGAGAAUUGUUAUGUGUACGGAAUAAAAAGAAAAUGUAAGUUCAAUGAAGGAAGAGGUUCUGGAGAAAUUAUAGAAUUGUAAGAGAUUUUAUUUCAGUGAGUUACGCUGCACAUUUUAACCGUGUAGGGAGAAAGAAUAUGAAUUGUAGUCAAAAUGACAUGAAGGCUUUGUAUAUGCUUGAUAGAAAUUGGUAAACUUAGUUAAACAAUAAAAGUUGAAAGGGGGGUGCAAAUGCGUUUUAAAAUAUCUCUUGUCUCCAAAAGAAGUCUUUUAUCAGUACUUUUGAUGUAACUUGCAGUUUUUAGAAGAAAGGAUAAUUUUGCAUUACUUCUUGAACUGUAUAGUGUUUUGAGUAACCAGUGUAUGUUAAUAUUUUGUAUGAUAUUUAAGCAGAUUUUAGUAUGACAUUUGAUAUUGAUAAAAGAAAUAAUCUAUACAGUUGCGCGGUGGUGGGGAUAAGCAUUUAUCAAGAAAUACAGGUCCUUAUGACUUUUGCAUUUUUAAAAAAUUAAAUUUAAAUAUUAAAUGACCAAACUAUUAAACUAGGCAGAAUAGAUAUGUGCUGCUUUGGAUAAAAUGCUACCUUAAAAGUCUGAAGAAUGGGUUCCAGUACUUUGUAUAAACUAAAAUAACUACUAUAAUGUACUCAUGCUUUUUCACCAUUUCAAUCUUUUUUUUAUGCAACAUGUACACAGUUUUGAGCCACCAAAUCCUCUAAAAUUUGAAUGCCUUGAAAUAUUACAAACUUGUGAAAAUGAAUUAAACUGCUGCAAAUUGCUGACUGCCUGGAUUGACCUGAAAUCUACAAAUAAAAAAAUUACAAUGGCCCGAUACUUCAGCCUUUGCAAGGCCUUCUUCAGAGGCAAAACUUGUGCACUUUUGUAUUACAGGUCUAUUGGCAUUGAUAUAUCUCAAAUUCUUUUUGCAAAUAAAAAUUUCUCAGUUAUGACGCAAACACGGGAAUAACAAUUUGAUAAAAGCAACUUCACGAGCGACGACCGGUCAACAUUUCUCACAAAUUUAUGAGCGCCCUUCUGGUCGAAUAUUGGUAGUGCAUUAAUAAUAAUAAUAAUAAUAAUAAUGAUGAACACUUGGUAAAGCGCCAGUAUCCGCCAGGCAUUAACCCCGAGUCAUUUCUUCAUGCGUCACAGGCUUGAUGUAGAGGCCCAUGCAUUGGGGAAAGCUUUGGGGAAAUGCGGAACGUUGGGAAAGUGCCAUGUCACACACCUGACCAAGCUUUUUGUAAAAUCAAACAAAGGGCUCAAAAAACACCGAGGCCGAUUUUGAAGGUUAUGCCAUGCCUGAAUGCACGUGGUCCAUAUUAUGAAGCGGCCAUCCUAUUUCCAGAACACUCUAUGCUUUAUACGUUUAACCAUGAAAUCCCGGAUACAAUUUUCAAGGCAAACUCAAAGUUUUUGUAAAAACUGAAUAUGGCAUUUGUUGAAAUUGCAUUUUUAAAGUUUUUGAUGUUUACUGUUUCCUUUUUUCCUGCUGCUGAAAGUUUUUCAAACAAAAUUUCCCAGAUAUGCCGCUUCAAAUGUUGCGUUUUGGGUUAAACGUAUUGUAAAAAACUACUUUUGUAUCUUGAUUUAGAGUAACUUCUUAACUUGUUUACUGAUAAUAACAACUUCUUGUUUUAAGGCAAAUUACUAUAGGUUCUUAUUAAAACAGACGAGGAAUUGUAUUUUUAAAUGAAA